GGCUGCCGUUCGGUUUAGCCAGGGUUCGCUCUCUGAGUUGUAGAAGUGUUUACCCAAGUGGAAGUGAGUAGGCUGGCCCGUGCCUUCGCGGCCUCGUGCGAUAGGGUAUCUGUUUUAGACGUCCCGAGUGUUUGUGAUCGGCAGAGCACUUCUGAAGCACCCUGGCUCGCAUUCCCUCUGAGGCUGCUUGAGGAGACAUCCCAGCUCUCCCAGAUCGGGAGGGAAAAUAUGGAAUGCAUUUUCCCGCUGACUGAACACAACCCAAUGAGCUGGACUGACAGCCGCUUGAAAACCAGCAGUUAGCAGUUUGUUUGGGCUCCAACGUGGCCCAGCACGUUCCAGAGCACACGCGCUGUUUACGGGGACUCUCGGCCUUAACCACGUUUGUCACCUGCAGCUUUGUGUAAAAUAACUCCUGCAAGAGAGAAGGAGUGCCCGGAGCCCACUGUGUCAGCAUGGCCAUGGAGGAGUACCUGUGGAUGGUAAUCUUGGGUUUUAUCAUAGCUUUCAUCCUGGCGUUCUCUGUUGGGGCGAAUGACGUUGCCAAUUCGUUCGGCACAGCCGUGGGAUCCGGCGUGGUGACCUUGAGGCAGGCAUGCAUCUUGGCUUCGAUCUUUGAAACCACCGGCUCCAUGUUGUUGGGAGCCAAAGUGGGCGAGACCAUCCGCAAAGGCAUCAUUGAUGUGAACCUGUACAACGAGACCGUAGAGACGCUUAUGGCCGGAGAAGUCAGCGCCAUGGUUGGUUCGGCGGUGUGGCAGCUGAUUGCGUCGUUCCUGAGGCUGCCCAUCUCUGGCACCCACUGCAUCGUAGGCGCCACCAUAGGAUUCUCGCUCGUCGCCAUCGGCACGAAAGGCGUGCAGUGGAUGGAGCUCGUCAAGAUUGUUGCUUCUUGGUUUAUAUCUCCACUCUUAUCUGGUUUCAUGUCUGGCGUGCUGUUCAUACUGAUCAGAAUUUUCAUCCUUAAAAAGGAGGACCCCGUUCCCAACGGCCUCCGGGCGCUUCCCGUGUUCUAUGCUGCGACCAUAGCAAUAAAUGUGUUUUCCAUCAUGUACACAGGAGCACCAGUGCUGGGCCUGGUCCUCCCGCUGUGGGCAAUCGUCCUCAUCUCCUCCGGCGUGGCGCUGCUCUUCGCCCUCUUCGUGUGGCUCUUCGUGUGUCCCUGGAUGAGGAGGAAGAUCGCAGACAAACUACAGAAAGAAAGCGCUUUGUCGCGAGCAUCUGACGAAAGUCUCGGUCAAGUCCAGGAGGCCGAGUCCCCAGCAUUCAAGGAGCUCCCGGGCGCCAAGGCCAGUGAUGACAGCACCGUCCCUCUGACCGGACCCGCCGGGGAGCCAGCUGCCACUGCCGAGGGUGCCCCAGCCGGACACCACCCCCGGGCCACCUAUGGAAGGGCCCUUUCCAUGACUCACGGCUCUGCAAAGUCCCCCAUCUCCAACGGCACGUUCGGCUUUGACGGGCACGCGAGGAGCGACGGGCACGUGUACCACACGGUGCACAAGGACUCAGGGCUGUACAAGGACCUGCUGCACAAGAUCCACAUCGACAGGGGCCCGGAGGAGAAGCCCGCCCCGGAGAGCAGCUACCGCCUGCUGCGCCGCAACAACAGCUACACCUGCUACACGGCCGCCAUCUGCGGGCUGCCCGUGCACGCCACGUUCAAGGCCGCCGACGCGCCCUCGGCCCCCGAGGACAGCGAGAAGCUGGUGGGCGACGCCGUGUCCUACUCCAAGAAGCGACUGCGCUACGACAGCUACUCGAGCUACUGCAACGCCGUGGCGGAGGCCGAGAUCGAGGCCGAGGAGGGCGGCGUGGAGAUGAAGCUGGCGUCCGAGCUGGCCGACGCCGCGCCGCCGCACGAGGACCCGGCCGAGGAGGAGAAGGAGGAGAAGGACACGGCCGAGGUCCACCUGCUCUUCCACUUCCUGCAGGUCCUCACCGCCUGCUUCGGAUCCUUCGCCCACGGCGGCAACGACGUGAGCAACGCCAUUGGGCCCCUUGUGGCUCUGUGGCUGAUUUACAAACAAGGCGGGGUGAUGCAGGAAGCCGCCACUCCCAUCUGGCUGCUGUUUUACGGAGGAGUUGGCAUCUGCAUGGGCCUCUGGGUCUGGGGGAGAAGAGUGAUCCAGACCAUGGGGAAGGACCUCACUCCUAUCACGCCAUCCAGCGGCUUCACCAUCGAGCUGGCCUCGGCCUUCACCGUGGUGAUCGCCUCCAACGUGGGACUUCCAGUCAGCACCACGCACUGCAAGGUGGGCUCCGUGGUGGCUGUGGGCUGGAUCCGCUCCCGGAAGGCCGUGGACUGGCGCCUCUUCCGGAACAUCUUCGUGGCCUGGUUUGUGACGGUCCCCGUGGCCGGGCUGUUCAGUGCUGCGAUCAUGGCUCUCCUCAUGUACGGGAUCCUCCCAUACGUGUGACCCGUCUCGCUUCCACGGGACCGGGUGGUAUGGGAGUAUGUGGCCGCCGCGUGUCCUCAUGUCUCACACACACACACCCUGUCCGCCAGGCUGCAAAUGCACCUCCCAGAGCUAACUUCACUACUGCACAUAACACUACGCAUUCAGCCGGUAUCAUGGUGACAGGAUGUGGUGCGGUUCCUUAUAUAUUAAACUGCAUAUUGUACACAUAGAAUAGGUAGCAUUAUUACAAACGUACUCAACUUGGGAGUGGAGAUAAUUGCCUAGAACUCAGUCCCCGGUCAAUCCUGUACAUAAUGAUUUCAAUGGCAGAUGGCAAGACAGUUCUCAAAGGAAAGCGUGGACUGGAAGGUGAUCUCUCGUCCAGGCGACAUCUUCCCCUUUGACUACUGUAAGAGAAGUGAGCAGCAGGAUACGCACACGGCCGACUCGGGCGGGUGAGGCUGGCAAGGGGCCCACAAGUGCUUUUCACUGCAGACAGCUGUGUACUGGUUCUUGUACAGUAGACCCUCGUGGCUUUUGUAAAUACUGAAAAACUGUAAUUUUUGUAACGGUGUGUGUUUCCCUUUCACUUUUUCUGAUCCGAGAUUUUUGGAAAGUACCAAAGAAGCAGGGGUAUAGUUUGCCAGUAUUAUAUUUUCAUAUUGUGCGUCUCCCCUCGUCCUUAACCACUACCGCCCUCCUGGGAGGCGGCCACACCAGCCCGAUGCCCACCCGCCCGGGGCACCGUGUGGCUGAGGCCCCAGUCACCCAUCGCCAGCAGGUCACACUUUGGAUCCCCCACCCACCAGCAGCCCCACCCUCCCCCCACACACACAGACCACUGCCACCAUGACCCAGAUCCCAGGCAGCCCUGCCGUGGCCGUCACCGUCAUCAGCAUAGCGCGUGCCAACGUGCCAAUGUGUGUGUCCAGUGCAGACUCCCAGCCCUCUCCCUGCGGCCUGUGGAGCGGAGUUCCCACCUCCAGUGUGAAAGGCGUGCGGGCCUUCUCCCGUGCUUUGCCACUCUAGAUCCCAGGGGCAGGAAGAGGGAACGUGAGCAAACGCACUGGCCGUGGGGCUCUCUCCGAGGCCUUGACCAAGCUGACCAUGCCAAUGCUCUACUGUAGCCCCAGCAGAUUCUCUUCUUUUUUUGUUGACAGCGGGAGGAAGUGUGACUAAUGUCAGAGCCUGAAACUAUGGAAAUGCUGCUAAAAUUUUUAUAUUGACAAACAUUUUCUCGGUACUUCAUUGUGAUUUUGCAUUAAUCAACCACAUUAAAUUUAUAAUAAAAAAAAGCCCCUCCAAA